UAUGACUUUGCACAAAACUCCUUUGAAAGCCAGAGCGGCAGUUGCUUUCUCUUCCGAUAGAAUCUUCUCCCACGCGCUCAUUGGAAUUGAAGUCAGAUGCGAUCGGGCCUAUUGGACGUAGAAAUAAGUUUUCUUCAGUCGGCAGCGUUUGCCAUCAAUUUCAAAUCGUUUUGGAAAGAAGCGGCGAAGGUUGUUCGUUUUAAUGGUGACCCACCCCACGCCACAUCAACGCGGACCGUAGAAAGCGGCCGGUGUACGGGCAAGAUGUUGACGUGAAUCGAAAACAUGGCGGGAUCGGUUUUCGAACGCUCGAUGGUACGUGAAAACUUUUAGGAAUAUGUGCGCGUGUGUUAAUGAAAUGCGUGUCAUGGAAAUUCACAAAACCAUCAUGGGGAUGUGGGUUUUAUUGGCUGAACACAGCAUAUUUCUGUGGUUUUAUUUUGACCAACUCCUUAGUUCGAAGAGGUCCGAUAUCGUUUUCUAGAAGGAGGCCGAAAUUUAUGAAGCAAACAGAAAGAAGCUACACGAAUGGUUGACUAUAUUUACCUGUUGCGUGUGUGUUUGCAUAGCCUAUGAUACCCCAAAUAGGAUCUGUGGCCAUGAGAAAACAAAAGAGAAGAAGAAAAAAUAAAGCCAUUGCGCUCGAUCGUAAUGGCUCAGUCUCUGUCCAACCUCGGAUAGCAUUUGAAUAAGCAACUGCUCUCGUGACUCUUUUCAGUUGAUUCUUCUGUUUUAUUAUCGACCAUCAUUGGAACGAUGCGCCAAGCUUUUCUCUUAUUGCUUGGCUUCUGCCUUGGGAUCUCCUUUACUUGCGCAGGUUCUACAACGUAUUCGAGAGGCAGAGACAUGUUGAAAAAGGCGGUAAAGGAAUCGCCAAUAAAUGCAAACGGGGAUACGGAAUACACUGGACCUUAUCGUAGUCGUCAAUCCCAAACAGGAAAAACUAAAAACCGGAAAAAAGCAAAUGUCGUUCCACCGCCAAUUACCGUCCGUCCGCUAUACAUUUCACGUCGCAGUACCAGCACCAUCCGUCCGUCCAGUUCAUUCAUCGAUUGGUCUGAACACGAUGCUGAUACGUGCGGUGGUAGCAUCAAUGUUCCCUUGACAUUCGACCGGAUUUCAUUGUUCGAAUCGUCGCAAUUCCUGGAAGGACGCGACUAUCCUCUACUGUGCACCUGGCAUGUUAAGGCGAGCAAAAACUGUGGUCUCGCUCGAAUCACCAUGAGAAUUGACGGACGCAGUCGACUGCCCGAUGUGAGAGGAUGUGCCGACGGAUAUUACGCGGUUUAUCCGUUCAUGAAGCAAGUCAAAAUCUGCGGUCGCAUUGGAGAUGUUCCGCCUCUCCAGUGGUACGUCGACACCCAACAGCAAGAAAAUGUUACCAUCAUCAUGGAGAACAUCGGACUUGAUGACGGUCACCCGGAGGGCUUGUCAUUCACCCUUCAAGGCGAGUGCAUCGACGACGAAGCCGAUGAAGAGAUAACGAAUGUCGACAAGGAAAACGAACGUUUGAAACGACGAUGGAUGAAGCGACUGGUGGAGGAUUUUGAAAGAGGAGAAGGCCCCAGAGUGGUCAAAUUAGCACAUCCUAAACGUCGGACAACUACUUUGCCCUCUACCGAACCUGUUUCAAGUACCGAGGCAACAAUUACUGAUCACCCAGUUACCACAACUACCGAUCAUCCGACUACAACCACCGAUCGUCCACUAAAAACAACUAGACAGACAAUCUCCUACGAUGAUUCGGGCAUUCCAUGGCUCAUUUUGAAAUCUCCCGACCCCAGUCCGUCUUCAUCGGAAAUCUCUUUACUUUACCCCAGAAUUUUUCAUGAAUCAACAACAGCCAGUCAAUCGGUUUUAUCCACUACAACACGUCCAGCUUUAUCCACUACAACACGUCCAGCUAUUACUUUCAAAAAUUACAAACAGCGUCCUCGGGUCAUUCCGAAAUUUUCCCAAACCGACACGACCUCAUCGUCUUCCUAUGUAGUUAACCCUGAACAAAGUAAACCCCAUCAAAUUCGGCCGUUAGAUUCUUCUGCAGUGGGCCACAGCAACUAUUCCGACAUCCCAUGGCUCAUCCUGAAAUCACCCAAUGUCAUCGUUUCAAUGUCCACAUCACGUCCGUAUUCUCCAAACUAUCGGUCCACAGUGACUCAUCCCACGACACGUGAAACAACCCCACCAACAACCACCCAACUCCCAUCGUCCACUGCACCUACUACUGUCCAGACAUUGCCAACCACCCAACCAACCACCCAACCAACAACCCAACCAACAACCCAACCAACAACCCAACCAACAACCCAACCAACAACGACGACCGAAUCUCCAACAACCAUCGAGACUAAACCUCCGACAACCCACUCCAGCAGGCCGCAGUCAAUCACGCCGAGCCACGACUCAUCGUUCUAUCCUGCACCAAACACCCAACCACCGAUGCAUCCGCACACGCCGGCGCCGACCGAGCCCAGCACUACAAUUCCAGAUGACGCAUCGAUUUCGUACAUAAGUUUAAACGGUCAGAAAUUUAUAUUCAACCAAUUGCAACGUACAUUUCAACGUACUUACUAUAAAUUAAAGAAAUUCAUGUCAUCUUAAAUAUGAUUAUAAUGUGCUGUUUCAAACGAGAUGUCAAAGUAUCGGUUCAGCUGGCCUGAUGGAUACCUUUCACUUUGUGUCUUUUAUUUUUAAUUGGAUACCAUUUACUCUGUUCAUUUCUGACGGACAUUUGGCCCAUUCACUGAUGCACUAGUCCUCAGUAAUAUAUUCAGAGAUCAAUGAAA